AUGUCAGUAUUAACGACUAAAGCAUCUACUGAUAAACUAACUGAAAUAACCUCUACAUUCUUGAGUCAAUCAACGCAAUCGGUCACUAAUUUAUUUACAAACGCUUCGACAUUGACUACCAUUGAAACGACAACCUAUGUUAAUAGAGUAACUACAGCGUUUCAAGUCAAAGCAAUUAUAUACGCUAUCACUACUGGCAGUUAUGUUCCAUGGUCAAAUGAUUAUGCCGAUAAAACAACGAGUGCUUAUAAAACCUUGGCUACAAACUACUGUUCCUUGCUAUUGCAGAGUUUACUAACACAAAAUACACAAAUAACUCGUGGCGCAACUUGUACAUUAAUUGGAUUCAUUCGAACUACACUAAAUUCACCUUCUAAACGACAAAUUCAAAGCUCUAACAAUAUUACAACUGAUGCUGUUCAAGGCAAUGCACAAACUGAAUUACAAACAUUAGCUGGUUCACAGUUAAAUCAAGCGCAAUUUUCACAAAUAUUAUUUAGUGGUUAUCAAAAGCUUAAUUUAUCAAGUGGAAAUUAUCUAACCGGCAUUAAUACAACACGGAUUUCACCAACUAUUACAUGUUCACAAACUCGAUCACUUUGUGGUGAACAUGCAUCAUGUCGAAAUACUGACAACGGUGUUACAUGUACAUGUGAUCCAAUGUGGAAAGAUGUAAAUCCAGAUGAUCCAGGAAAAAACUGUACACUACAUCCUGGAACAAUUGCAUUAAUUGUAUUUGCUGCUAUUCUAUUAACUAUUGCUAUUGCUGCAUUAAUCUAUUUUCUAGUUCGAACGAAAUCAAUGAAACAAUUACGAUUAAAAUAA